AUGGCGAGGCGGCCACGAGCGACCCCGCCGCCCCGAAGCAAACGACGCAGGCCGUCCUGGCCCCGCGCGAGCAGCGCGGGAGGCCAGCAGGCCCGAGCCCGCGUAGCCCCGGCCUCCCCGCCCCCGCGCCGCGCCGAUGGCGUAGGUGGCGGCGCACCGGCCCCAUUACGCAAUGCAGGUUACGCGGGCCGCGCCGCGAGCCCCCGCCGGCCGCCCAGCGCCGUCCGCCGCCCCGAACGGCACCGGUCCUCACCUGAGACGCUAGGCCGCACGCCACCCCCGCCGGCCGUCAGCCCGCUGCCGUCGCCCGCUCCCCGGGCUGCCUGCGCGGCGCCGGGGCCCGCCCGCCGCUCCCCCGAUCUCACAGGCCGCGCUCGCCCGCGGGCACCGCCGGCAGCCGCCGCCGCCGCUGCCGCCGCCACUGCUUCGGCUCUUCGGCUGCGGGAGAACAGAACAAACAGCCCUGCUGCCGCCGCCGCCGCCAGCGCACUGACGUCACCGCGCACGCUGCGCGCGCGGCCCCGCACCACUGCCGCCGCCCGGUGUGCGCGCCCCGCCCCCGUGCCCGGCGCGAACGAGCUCCGAAAAGACCGUGGUUGCGAGAAUAUUGAAAUUUGUGAAUAUCUUCUGGCCCCUAAUUUUGCACCCCUGGCGAUUAUGCAGAAGAUGAUCAGAAAUGGAAAAAAGAACAGGAAGGUAUCCAGGGCUGGGUGAAUAGGUAUUAACAACUAGUUUGUUGUUACUGGGGUUUUUGUUUUUUUAAGGGAACCAGAAUGUAUCCAUUUUAAGCUGUUCUUCCCUGUAGUUACCUUGUCUUGUUGCAUUAUCCACUUAAUUUAUCAUUGUUGCUGACAAUUAAUGUUUUUGGAAGUAAUUUGGAGCUGCUGCUUUACAAGUCACAUAAUAAAACCUGUCACUCUA